AGCAAGUGUUGGCACCGGGAGCAUCCCUUGGGACCAAAUGUGCAGUGGACGAUGCCCCUCCUAACCCCACAGAUCCAAGACGAGAAUGACUACAGCUUAGUGGCCAGCCUUGACAACGUUAGGAAUCUCUCCACUAUCUUGAAGGCUAUUCAUUUCCGAGAACAUGCUACGUGUUUCGCUACUAAAAAUGGAAUCAAGGUUACAGUGGAAAAUGCAAAGUGUGUGCAAGCAAAUGCUUUUAUUCAGGCUGGAAUAUUUCAAGAGUUUAUAGUUCAGGAAGAGUCUGUUACUUUUCGAAUAAAUUUAACUGUCCUUUUAGACUGUUUAUCUAUUUUUGGAUCAAGUCCUAUGCCAGGGACUUUAACUGCACUUCGGAUGUGUUACCAAGGUUAUGGUUACCCUUUGAUGCUAUUUCUGGAAGAAGGAGGAGUGGUGACAGUCUGUAAAAUCAAUACUCAGGAACCCGAGGAAACUCUGGAUUUUGAUUUCUGCAGCACCAAUGUUAUCAAUAAAAUUAUUCUGCAGUCAGAGGGGCUCCGUGAAGCAUUUUCCGAAUUGGAUAUGACAAGUGAAGUGCUACAGAUCACCAUGUCUCCCGACAAGCCUUAUUUCAGGUUAUCUACUUUUGGGAAUGCGGGAAGCUCCCACCUUGAUUAUCCCAAAGAUUCUGAUUUGAUGGAAUCAUUUCAUUGUAACCAGACCCAGGUGAACAGAUACAAGAUUUCCUUACUGAAACCCUCCACAAAGGCCUUAGUCCUGUCUUGUAAGGUAUCUAUUCGAACAGAUAACCGAGGAUUCCUCUCAUUACAGUAUAUGAUUAGAAAUGAAGAUGGACAGAUAUGUUUUGUGGAAUAUUACUGCUGCCCUGAUGAGGAAGUUCCUGAAUCAGAGUCUUAAGUAUGGCCUUCCCUGUGGUUUCUACGUGAACAUUCAUGAUAGGUCACGUCCUCAUUCUGGGUAUAGUAUCUCCAGGAGACUGGGUUUUCUAAAGGGAAGAAGCAUGGAGGAGACGCAAACAAGGUCCAUGUACCCUAAUAGUUGCUGUAUAUUUUGUAAGUAAAUGUUUUCAUAUAGUCAUGGAUUACCCACUACUGGACUGUCCUUUGGUUCUGUCUUUUGAACUCAUCAUUGAUAUGAGCCAAGAUGAAUAAUCUAUUUAAGUCAGACAUUUCAAGAGUCUAAAAAUUUAAAGUUUGAUGAAUCCAUACCUGAAAUGUUCUUUUAUUUAUUUACUAUUAGAAAGAGCAGCUGCAUAUGGGCAUUGCUUAUUAGUUUGAAUUCCGAAGAAUAUAUCUUAACAGUGGUUCUCAAAGUGUGGCAUCUAGACCAAUAGCAUCACCAUUACCUGGAAACUUGUCAGAAACUCUGGAGGUGGGCCAAUAAUCUGUAGCUUAAGAAAACUUUCCCCCAGGAAAUUCUGAUGCAUGCUAAUGUUGGAGAACCACUGUUUUGAAGGAUACUUUUUUUUGUUGUUUUAAUAGCAUUUAAUUGCACUGAAGUGAUUGCUUUUACGUGUGAUUUCUUCCCAAAUGUUCUGAAGUUUAGGCUUUGCCAAACAAGUCUGAGUAAUUAUAUGAUUUAUUUUUAAAGUAUACAUUUUAAAGAAAUCUAUGAACAAGAUAUAUAAAACAGUCUUCAGAGUUGAGUUACAGGAUUUCUUCUUGUUCUCUGCAACUGUUCAGUGCAGUAAGUACUAUAGUAAGUACUUAUUAGAUAACUUCUGUUGGCCUAUAAGAGUUUCUCAUCCAAACCAAGAUGUAGAAAAUCAGUUAUUAAGUGAUUUUGCACUUUCUUGGGUAGUUUUCCAUCAAUUUUUAUGGCAUGUGGAUAUUUAAUAAAAUGAAAUACUAAAAUUAUCUGGCUUGUUUUCUAGUAGAAAAAAUAUAUAACUAAAAUAAAGUUUCCUGUACCGUGUGAUACAAAUCAGUGUUGGGCAGGCACCAUUGGCCUUUGUGGGUGGGACAGUUCUUCA